AUGGCGUAUGAUUUCCCUGCCUUGGCUCCUCUCGUUCGGCAAAUACUGUCUGCACCGGGAACGGACCUCACGACGAUCAGCGCAAAACGAGUCCGACGGCAAUUACUUGAAUUGGACAACUCGUUAUCCGCAGAAUUUCUGAAAGAAUACAAGGACGAUGGAAGUGAUGAAUCACAGGAAGAGGAGCCGCCACGAAGUCAGGAUGGAAACUCUGAAGGGGAAGGAGAGGAUAACGGGGAAGAUGAGAUGGAAGUGGAUUCACUGCCAGUGACCAAGAAGAAGAGCUCGUCGAAGAAGGCGCGCGCACUCAGCGAUGCAGAGCUGGCACGCCAGCUUUCCAGCGAGAUCAAUGGGCGCUCCCGGAGAAGUACUGGCGGCGGCAAAGGAGCGCGAAUUGGCGCUCCUAAACGCAGUGGUCGGUCCAGGAAGAGCGCGGCAACAGUGGACUCAGAUGCUGACAGUGAGCUCGAAGGCGGUGGCAAAAAGUCCAGGAAGAAGUCAGCCAGUGGCGGUGCUGCUAAGGGAGGAUUCGCCAAAGAAUAUGCACUGAGUGUACCUCUCGCCGCAGUUCUUGAUGUAGAUAAGCUCUCACGGCCUCAAGUCGUCAAACAGCUAUGGGUUUACAUCAAGAGCAACGCCCUACAGAAUCCGUCUAACAAGCGCGAGAUUUUGUGUGACGAAAAGCUGAGGGCUGUCUUCAGUGUGGACAAAAUUGACAUGUUCAGAAUGAACAAAGUCCUCGGACAACAUCUUCAUGAAAAUGAAGCGUAG